GACCCUGCGCGGUCACGUGGUCAGGAAACUGCCCAAUAGGAUUAGGAUUCGUGGUGCUGUGCUUCUGGAACGCGGCGCUAAGAGCGAUGUCAGCGGCUCUCCCUGGGUAGCCGUCAAGUGACCGAAACUCGGUGGCUCUUCGCCGGGCGCCUUUUCGCGGUCUUCCAAGGUUAAUCAACGCCAUGGCUACCGCGCCCUCAGCACUGAAGUUCGCUGUCUGCGUCCUCAUGAUAACCGAGUUCAUAUUGGCCAAGAAGGACUACUAUGAGAUUCUGGGUGUGCCGAAGGAUGCAACUGAGCGGCAGAUUAAGAAGGCCUUCCAUAAGCUGGCAAUGAAGUACCACCCUGACAAGAACAGGAGUCCGAAUGCCGAAGCCAAGUUCAGGGAGAUUGCAGAAGCGUACGAAACAUUAUCAGAUGAUAAACGCAGACGGGAGUAUGAUCAGUUUGGACACGGCUCCUCUGCCGAGGAGGACGCGGGCAGCAGAAGCAAUGGGCAGUACUUCCAGCAGCCGUUCAACUUCAACUUUGAUGACAUUUUCAAAGACUUUGACAUCUUCAACCAGAACAGGCACGCCCACCACCAGAAGCACUUUGAGAACCAUUUCCGGGCUCACCAGGAAGCUCACAACCGCCACAGGCGGUCCUUCCAAGGGGGCUUUGGUGGGGGGGUCUUCGACGACAUGUUUGAUGACAUGGAGAAGAUGUUCACCUUUGACAGCACACACAGGCACACUGCCAGAACCGAGAGCAAGUUUCAGAACUCCAGACAGCACUGCCGGACCGUGACGCAACGUAGGGGCAACAUGGUGACCACUUACACUGACUGCUCUGGAUCCUGAGGCGUGGACUGUGCCCCCCUCAACUCUUACGUGGACUUUCCUCAUCACUCAUUGGGAGCUAGUCUAUCAGGGUUUCGGUUGUGUUUUUCCCUUUGGGGGAGGGGGGCUGUUAUUUACUAAAAUAAUUUAACUAUGCUGUCACUUGAAGUGAGGCUCAUAAUUUUAUGGAGGUAACAUGGUAAAACAAGCAUUUGAAAACAAGCUUUUGUUUUUUGUGUCAAAGCAAAAAAUAAGUUUUGUACAUAAAUUAGCAAUAGGUUUUUUGUCUGCAAUAAAAGUGACGCUUAAGUUUUGAAGACUUCAAGCAUAUUGUCUACAACUAAUGUAAGUGGUAUUACUUUACGUGACAAAUUGCUUACCUUACAAAUAGUGGUCUUCCUGUUCAUUGAUUCUCAGUUUUGAUACCACAGCUAGGUGUUACUGGGAGGAUUUUUCCAGUAUUUACAGGAGAUCUAUAACUUGCAUAUUUGGCGCUUAUAAGUGGCUCGUCGUGGUGUUAAGAUCAUCAGUGCAUCUUGCAAUGCAGGACGAUUUAAGAAGCUUUGACUAUUUCGACCAACCAUUUAAACCGUAGACCCUGUGAAAUUGAGCACAAAUAUUUCAGGUUGGCUUUCAUGUGUUAGUCUUUAAGAAGGUUACACAGGAAAGUCUUAUUGGAAUUGCAAAGCCUUUUUCUCUACAAUAUAGAAUUGGAGGACAAAGUCCUUAAGAGGAUAAUCGCUGUAAUGAAAUGAGGAAUUUAUCUUCUGAAAUUCUGUUCAGAAUACAUGAACACUUGUUUAUCGGCUGCGUGAAAUUGAGAAUAAAGCACCCAUUGUAAUUUGCUCCUCUGGUGCACUGCUGGUCACAUCACUGAUGCUUUUGAGGUAUGAAAUGGUCCUAAAGUGGGGAAACGUGUGUGUGUGUGUGGUUUUUUUGCAGCAUUGUAAGAUUCUUACUUGCCAAAUGCUUUGAAAUGUUUAAAUGACACCUGUCGAAAUAAGCACCUGGAGUAUAAUUUGAAUUUAGAUGUGUUUUUGCGGCGGACAGAAACUUCUGUAAUUAGGUUUUUUCUGAGGUUUCUAUGGAUUUCAGAUUGUAGUGAAAGAAGAAUGAUUUCUGUCUGCUUUAUUGUAGUAGGAAUUUUGUAUUGUGAACUGGAUGAGAGACAAAUGUUGCUGACCUGCAUGUAACAAACUGCUGUGCUCCCCACUCCAAAGGACUAUAUUCAUCUCCCGAAUAGUUGCUCCCACAGGUAGAAUGUAAUCUGUAUUACGGCGGUGGCCGGCCUUAACAUAUGACCUUUACCUCAUUUUCUUGUGUUUUCACCUCCCACUUUAUAUGCUCUCUCAUAUAAAAAAAAUCGCCCUGUUUCAUUGGUAUUUUCCUGUUGCUUGUGCUGUGUGAUGCCUCAGUGAUAGAGGAUUUCUGUGUUCAGCAAAUUUGUCAUGCACUUUCAAUAUUUUAAUCCUAUGGAUAGAAUAUAUGUACAUUUAAUGCUCAGGAGUUGGAUGGUACAUUGAAAAUAAAUGAUGAUAAAAUGUCA